AUGAUCUCAACCCGUAGAAAAUCGUGCGCCGCUUGUGUGGCGGGCAAGCGGCGGUGCGACCUCGACCUGCCGACGUGCGGCCGUUGUCGUAGGGGGAGAAAGGACUGCGUCUAUCCCUGGAUGGCGAUUGGGAGCGCAGAGCAGUUGGGCCUCGACUCAUCAGCUGCGGGUGUCAGGGCCGAUACGAGUAUAACGCAGGAUCUGAGCGGCAUCUGGCAGCUGGGCGGGAGCAUCAGCAGCAGCAGCAGUAGUAGCAGCAGUGGGAGCAGCCAUGGCAGCGCGUAUCUGUCGCCGGGUCCUUCGUCAACGGUGCCCCCACCGCUUGUGCCUUGCUUGCUGUCCCAAUUAGACGAAUACGUUUCUCAAACCCAGGAUCAGACUGUCCUAUCAUUGGGCCCGAGUUCGGGGCCGAUAGAGCCGACGCUGGCCUUUGGCCGCGAGUUCUCCACCCCCGAGUUUAUUUACUUUGACAUAACCGACUCUCCUGUGACCACUGGCCAGGUGUUCCAGUCGCGGACUGAGUGGGCGGCCAGCCGGUUUGCGAUGCAGCCGCAAAUCCUCGCCAUGACGGGCCAGAACUGCUUCAUCCACCACACGCAGGUGUCAGCCUCAGAGGUGCUGCAGGAAGCCCUCGCUGCAAGUGCGCUGCACUGCAUGAGAAACACGGCCAAUGCAUCACUCGUGAGAGGCGAGAUUGCCAAGAGAGUCACCCGCCUCAUUGGUUCCAUCCGCCAUGCGAUUACUUCCGCAGCUGAGACGGUCGCCGGAGCUGAACUCGACCUGCUGCCGAUACUGCAGGCAUUCGUCGUGUACCAGUGCAUUCGCUUCUUCUCAAGAGACGAUGUAAGUGAGCGAAUGCGUGCGGAGCGGGACGAAGCCAUUGUGCAGUCGCUGCUGGCGGCCUUGUAUCCGCGGCUUCAGUCAUUCUCCAAGACUAUGGACAGCUGGUCAUCUUGGAUUUACUACGAAAGCAUGCGCCGCAGUAUCCUCACUGCCGAAAUCCUCUCAGGUACAUACGCCUUCCUGAAGCAAGGCUGGGACCAAGCCGAGGCGCGCUCGCUGCAGCUCAAGUUUACUGCCCAGGUAGCACUCUGGGAGGCCAAGACGGCAGUGGAAUGGGAGGCCAUGUGGGCGCGAGGACCAAAGUUGCAAGUGACGAUCCGGACGUUUAUCCCGGACACUCAAGAAGCGUUGCCAGAGGACAUGGAUGAUUUGGGGAUGGUGCUUUGGGGACUUCAUCAUGGACUUGAUAAGAUGGAGAAUUGGAUGGGCAAGCAAAGGCCUAUGCUGGUGAAAUGGGGGCUGAGAUCUGAGGCCUGA